AUGGACCCUUCAAAUCACUACGUGGACCUGGUGUACAAGCUAUGUUCCAUCCUUCAAGGACUUCCGGCAUCUAUAGAGAUCCUCCCAGGAGGUCUGGAGGAAUGGGAACAAUUCGAGCUUCCCUCGGACGCGCCCACACCCUGCGCCACAUUCCCAUUUGUCUUCGUCGAAAGAAAUCUCGGGAUCCCAAAAAAGAUUCUAUACGCUUUAUAUAUGACAGCCAUGUCGACACCAUGGCGGGCCUCGGGCUCAACCUCAGACAAAUCGACAGCCAACAAAUCAAAUGCUUCAACGCUGGUAAUCCUCCUGGUCAACCCAGCACACCAGACAGCCCUGAACCACCGCAAGCGGCUCAUACAAGAAGGACAUCUCGACGCAGAGAAGGAGCUAGCAUUGUUCGAACUUCUCUCGCGGGGCUCGCCUGAAGUCGGGAAAGCGUCCAUGAUUUGGCAUCAUCGUCGGUGGUGCUUUUGCCGCGUCUACGACGUGUUCAGGCCAACAGCCCCCGAAGCCGCUUAUCGGUCGAGAAAUACAUCUUCAAGCUCAACGGAGCAAUGUUGGCCAUGGCCCAAGUCUGAGCCUGGGAUGGAAAGCCUCCCGAAGAUACCCCCAAGCACGGCCCGGCGAGAGCUGAAGCUCAUACAGCAUACUUGCGAGACGUACCCGCGCAAUUACCAUGCCUGGGUACAUUGGCAUUUCAUCAUGAACGUUUGCUUCACUUCCUUCCUCAUUUCUCUAUCUAGAUCACAUAGCAAUUUCUCCGACGAUAAGCGGGAGGAAGUCCUUGGCACAAUCAUCGAGGAGUACGUAUGCUUGCGACACUGGGUAGAACUCCAUGUCUCCGAUUACUCUGCCAUGCACCAACUGCGCCAGUGCGAGAAGCUCGUUGACCAUCUCGUUGGUGCAGGGCAUAUUGCGGAGCAUCUUAUCAAACAGCUACCCUUGUCAGGACUCGUUGACCAAUCUUUGUCCCUCUUGGCCUCCUUCCCAGAACAUGAAUCGAUAUGGAUGUAUUUAAGGAUAUCGCUGGAUACUUCGUCUUCGGAGACGCAAUCAGCGGUGCUAGAAGACAUCACAUCCCGAUUUUCUUCGACAUACCCUGCCUAUACCCGUCAUCUCAUAUCCUGGUUCAAUAGAGCACAUAAUUAG